UGCUUUUUACCCCUUUUCCAGGUCUUCGUGUUUGAUGUGGGAAAAGAAACCUGGAAAUCCUACGACUGGUCAAAAAUUACAACCGUGGCAGCUUUUGGAGAGUACGAUCCUGAGCUCCUGUGCCAUGCUCACUCCAAAGGCUCCAGGGUAGUACUGAAAGGUGAUGUACCUCUUAAGGAAAUCGUUGAUCCUGCAAAAAGAGCAGCAUGGAUAUCCCAACAGGUGGACCUUGCAAAAAAACAAUAUAUGGAUGGAAUUAACAUAGAUAUAGAGCAAGAAGUUAACGAAACCUCCCCUGAGUAUUAUGCACUAACAGAGCUUGUUAAAGAAACUACAGAUGCUUUUCACAGAGAAAUACCAGGAUCACAGGUAACAUUUGAUGUGGCUUGGUCUCCGGCAUGCAUAGAUAAAAGGUGCUACAACUACACUGGGAUUGCAGAUGCCUGUGACUUCUUAUUUGUGAUGUCAUAUGAUGAACAGAGCCAGAUCUGGACAGAUUGUAUUGCUAAAGCCAAUGCUCCUUACCUGCAGACUUUAGUGGGAUAUGAAGAGUACAUUACUAUGGGCAUUGAUCCUAAGAAGCUUGUGAUGGGCGUCCCCUGGUAUGGCUAUGAUUAUGUCUGCCAAAACCUAUCUAAGGAUCAUAUUUGUACCCUUUUCAAAGUACCCUUCCGUGGGGCUCCUUGCAGUGAUGCUGCAGGGAGUCAGGUUCCCUACAGAGCAAUCAUGAAGCAGGUGAACAGUUCUCUUUCAGGGGUACUGUGGGACGAGGUACAGAAGUCUCCAUUUUAUGAAUACAAGGAUGAUCUUGGUCACUUCCACCAAGUAUGGUAUGAUGACCCUCGCAGCAUCUCUCUAAAAGCAGCGUAUGUGAAGAAUCGAGGUUUAAGGGGCAUUGGCAUGUGGAACGGAAAUAGUCUUGACUAUUCCAGGGAAGCUGUAGCAGAACAACAAACUGAAGCAAUGUGGCAAGCCCUGACACCGUAAGAACCAUGUGACCCUUGAUUUAGAAUUAUGAAAAUUGGUAAUUUUUUAUUAUGGUUUAUACUGUAAUAGAUUUUGACUUUAUAAAUAUACCAUGAUUACAAAAACUUUGAGAACUAGCCAAAUUAAUCUUGUCAUUUUGUAUGCAAAGCUGUGUUUUCAUUCUUCAGAAAGUUCCAAUAUUGCUUUAGCAGCAUUUUUUUUAAAAAGGCUGGUCAUCUUUUUCAUUUUUCACCACUACUGUAAGUUGGUUAAAGCUUGAACCCAGUGUGUACCUGGUAACAAGUAAGACCAAGCGGUGGAUUUACAGGGCAAUCUCAUAGUGAUCCUUUGCUAAAGCUGCCUGGUACAACAAGUAUUCAUAACCGGGUCUCGUGGUCCAGUCUCAGCUUUCUGAUUUCCCACCCCAACCCGUAUUUUAGCUAAGUCGCUCUGAAUCAGAUUAAACAGAGAACAAUGGAGAGACAGAUUUUUCCUUAGGUGCAAUUUAUUGAAACUUGUGCUUGUACUUGGUUACUCCUCUAGAGAUUAAAAUAUUUUCUAGGCUGAAGAAAUUGUGUAACAAGAAGUAGUUGCCA